UUUGUCUUUCUAGAAAUGUACAUUUCAGUUUCAGGCUCAGGAAUCCAGUAUGCGUAGCGGUGUUCCCCUGAUAGAUCAUUAGCUGGCGGAGGGUCUGGAAUGGAAGAUGACUUGUGUGUGUAUUCUUCUAUAAGCCUAUAUGCAGGUGAACUUUUCACACACCUCGACGACUGUUUUGUCCGGAUCGACAGCGCGAGUGAGCUCGUUACCAGAGGCUGCGUCGUUCCCCUCAAGCCUUUCACUCUCCUCAACGACCCCUUCACAAACCGAGACCGCGUCAGGACUUACGUUGCUGGUGAUGAAGUCGUGUAUCCCUGGUAUUCCCUUGUCAUUUGUUUCAGGCGGAUCAUCCUCAAAAGUGUCUCUUCUCCCACAACUGACUUCCCCAUCUGUCUCAUCCUCGAUUACUAUAUCACUAAGCACAAACCUUUCCACCUCAGUGAUGUCCUUUUCAUCCCAAUCGACAUUAUGAAAGAAUGUGUUAUCGCUGCCAACAUUGAGAUCGCUUGUAUCCACUUCCGUCCGUUCGUCCUCUUCGCUCUCGGCUGGAUAAUGAUUAUUGUCGACGGAUUUCGGCGCAUCGUGAGGUAGUCGUCAUUUUGCUAGAUGAAUAUAGUAAGGAAUGAGAAGGACCACAAUGCAAGGGGUGAGAGAGGUGAUCAAGUCAGACAAAAAUGGUGGAGUUCGGACCGAGCAUUCGGGGGGACACUUGCGAGGGUAAAGAAAACUACGGUAACAGUGACCCGCAGAGCUAUAUGGAACUGUGCGAGCACAUUUGGCAAUAUACUAAAAUAUGCACGAAGAUCCACGGCCUUGAAAUGAUUGACAUGAGAAUCGGGGAUUAAUGGUUAACUUAACUGACGUACAGAGGUUAUGUGUACAUAUAUAAAGCUGUGUUGGAUCAGGGAAACUUUA